GCCCUUGACACCGGAUGUACAAUUGUGGCAUCCGGUCUGAAUGGCUAUUUUGCUGUUAAUGUUUUAUUGAAAGUUUUGAUUAUUUUUCUCUCAUUUCCAGAACACACUGACUUUUAAUAAAACCACAGGGGCGGAAAAUUCUGAUUUUGAGAGCCAUCAAUCGUUAAAACUGGCCCCUCCACUGCCCGUCACAAUGCCCGCCCUACUGGAGAGACCGAAGCUGUCCAACGCGAUGGCCAGAGCCCUCCAUAAACACAUCAUGAGGGAGAGGGAGCGUAAGAGACAAGAGGAAGAAGAGGUGGACAAAAUGAUGGAGCAGAAAAUGAAGGAGGAGGAAGAAAGGAAGAGGACAAAGGAAAUAGAGGAGAGGAUGUCAUUAGAGGAAACCAAAGAACAGGUGAUGAAGAUGGGUGAGAAACUUCAGGGUCUCCAAGAAGAAAAACACCAGUUGUUUUUACAGCUGAAGAAAGUUCUUCAUGAAGAAGAAAAGAGACGCCGAAAGGAGCAGAGUGACAUCACAACGUUGACAUCAGCCAGUUACCAGCCCAGUCUGCAAAUGCAUGCGGGGCAGCACCUUCUCAGCAUUCAAGGAAGUCCUGUCAGCCACAGUCGGUCUGGACCGCUGCUGGGAGAACGAAGCAAACAGUUGUUUCCAACUGCCGUCAUUCCCACACGUCACUAUCAGACACCAAGCUUCAGCUCGGCCUCUGCAGAGCACGGCCAGUUCAGUGGAGGUCAGGGGGUCCACGAGCCGUACGGAGUGGCUCAGCCCCAGCACCCGUCCACCUACGCACCUGGGCCUUCUGUACCUGUCAGUUUUGCCAGCAGUUCUCAGAUCAGAGGAGCUUCUGCGUUCCAGGCCAUGCAGUAUCUCCCUCACCAACAGACUGGUUAUCCUGUUCACAGUCACUUCACCUCACAGCCUGCUGGUGUCUUUGUUUUAGGUUACAUUCCAGGAGCUGGAAUCCCUCUGCAGAAGCAGCUGGAGCACGCCAACCAACAGUCAGGUUUCACUGAUGCUGGAGCUUUGAGGCCAAUGCAUCCACCAGCCAUGCAUCCUUCUGCUCCAGGUCUGCUUCCCACGCCGUCCAUGGCCGUCCAGAUUCCAACUGCUAAGGCUCAGUUCCAGAGCUCUCCUCAGGCCGCUCCCCGCCACAGCUUCCUGCCCCACAGCCAGGCUGGGCAGAGGUUCUACCACCACGGCAAGUAAGCAGCCAACAAAGCAUCUGAGCCACUGCCACUCCCACUCUCAUCACAGCUGGGGUUUCACAACUUCCUGUUCCAUUUGAGACAAACCUGCAGGACGAGGAAGUACCUGGCUUGAUUUGAAAAGAUGGAAAGAUGCCACGUCUCUGAUGUUUUAUUUCCUGUAUAGCUUCUGGUUUUGAGUUGUGUUUCAACUCCAUAUGGAGUCAGGCUUGUGUUAGCAUGAGAAAUCCCCAGACUUGUUUUAAAAUAAAUCUUAUCUUUACCCACACUUGGGCGUUGACAGAAUAACUGAUUUGUCAAGGCAUCGACCUGACCUUAAAAUAUUAUAUACGUGGAUGAAAUCAACACAAGUAACGCAGCCACAAGACCACAAAACUAUUGUAAAAGAAACAUACAGUAGAUGCUCGACCCCAAAAAUUUAAUAACUGCAGAAAACCAAGUUUCAUUCAGUUUUGUUUCACUGCUUUUAUGUUGCUGAAUAAAAAAAGACAAGUCAAU